UCGAAGCGUAGUGCGGUUGUAAAGACGCUGGUAUCAGCGGUCGCGCCAUCCUCAAUACAGAUUGAAAUUGUAUUUAUAUACAUAGCAUCGUGUUUGCACGAUUUUGUGAAAAUGUAUAAUAUUCAAUCAUAUGUUUGGAUAGUUGCUGUAAUUAUUGCUUUUUUUCUAGACAAUACGCAAACAGCCUGGCUAAGGUGUUAUAGAAGUUCUCUAAACGAAUACACAGUGACGUCACUAAGUGACCCAACGCCAUUGAUGAGAGAUCCAUGCUUUGACCCAAACCUCCGAACUGUCAUCUAUACAUUUGGGUAUAAAGGGAAGACCGACGGUCCAGCCACAACGGCAGUACUUAAUACUUACUUGGAAACCAAGAAACGAAAUGUUUUACUUCUAGACUGGCAGGAGGAAGCUCAGAGCGGAGUUUUGGGUAUACCCCUUGGAUAUGCGUUGUACGCUGUACCGAACGCUAAGCGAGUCGGCCACGAGCUCGGCGACGCGUUAGUAACUCUAUCGCAAGUCGGUCUAAACAUGACUGAGGUGCAUCUUAUGGGACAUUCCUUGGGGGCUCAUAUCAUGGCAUUUGCUGGCAGAUGGACCAGAAAAAGGGGACAAGUUAUAGCCAGGAUCACAGGUCUAGAUCCGGCCCGUGCUCUAUUUGAAGGUACAUUCGCGAUAAAUUCCGGCUUGGACCGCACAUGUGCUAAGUUUGUGGAUAUUAUCCACACAGACCCUGGAUCAUACGGAACCAGUAAGUCUACUGGGACUGUGGACUUGUGGCCAAACUAUUCACGAGAAGACGGUGUUCAACCCGGCUGUCCCAGCGGAAAAUUCGAUAUGUUCACUCAGGAAGAUCUCUGCAGCCACGAUCGCGCGUGGCGUUUCCUCGUUGAGUCCAUCCGAUAUGGGACAGCAUUCCCAGCAGCAGCGGCUGAGAACUACAACACGUGGCUUGCGAUGGAAACUCCCCCCGCCGUCACUAAUUAUAUGGGAGAUUUAACCAAUACCAAAGCCCGUGGAAACUAUUUCCUCUCGACGAAUGAACAAACUCCGUUCAGCAAAGGAUCGUCGGGGAUGAUACCGGACCAAUCGAGAAGACGACGCAACUCAGUGAACUCACCGCUCUCCAUUAUUAUUAAAUUCUUCAGAUGAU